CCGAUUUUCUCUGUUCGAGAAAGUGCGUUAGGGUUCCGAUCAAAUCAUGGUGGUUUCUGGUUUGAUGGAGGUUAACCGUCGGCCACUUAAGAUUCCGAAGUUGAACAAAGGUUGCGAAGGAUCGAAAUCGUCCUCCAAACAACUCAAGCUAGGAGAAGUAGAAGAUGAUGAGUAUCUUCGACAGUAUUUGUUGUUUCACUACGAAUUCCAUAAAUCCGAGGGUUUCACGGUUGAUUGGGAGCAAUAUGAUUACGCGUUCCAUAUUAGGUCGUUGGAUACUUCACCACCUAUUAGCCAGACACGAACUAAUGCUGAAGUGAUCAAUGACGUGACACUCUUUGCCAUUGAGAAACACAAUGAAGCUCAUGGAACAAAAAUUGUGUUUGUCGAGCAUGUAUCAGCUAAUUUCAAUUUUGCUUCUGGUCUUCUCUGCUGGUUAACAUUCUGGGCUACAGAUAUGGCCUCAUCCGCUCCUGAAUCUAAAAUCUAUCAAGUAAAAGUGUGGCGUCGCGGAAAACAGUUUGAUAUUCCCAUCUUCAGGCUCAAGCCAAAGGACGAAGAGAUGGAUUCUGUUGAAGUGGAACCUCCCACUCCCAUGCAUUAUGAUGACUAUGAUAAACCACCGGUUGUCUUUGUUCGAGCUGGUCCUGAAGAUGGUGUCCCUUUUGUCUUCGAUCGAACUGGAGCCCUUCUUAAUGGUUCCGAUCAAAUCAUGGUGGAUUCUGUUUUGUUGGAGGAUAAUUGUCGCCCUCUUAAGAUUCCGAAGUUGCACGAAGCUUGCGAAGGAUCAAAAUCUUCCUCCAAACAGCUCAAGCUAGGAAAAGUGGAAGAUGAUGAGUAUCUUCGACAGUAUUUGUUGUUUCACUACGAAUUCCAUAAAUCGGAGGGUUUCACGGUUGAUUGGGGGAAAUAUGAUUACAUGUUCCAUAUUAGGUCGUUGGAGACUUCACCACCUAUUAGCGAUACACGAACCAAUGCUGACGUGAUCCAUGAUGUGACACUCUUUGCCAUUGAGAAACACAAUGAAGCUCAUGGAACAAAACUUGUGUUUGUCGAGCAUGUCUCAGCUAAUUUCAAAUUUGCUAAUGGUCUUCUCUGUUGGUUAACAUUCUGGGCUACAGAUAUGGCCUCAUCCACUCCUGAAUCUAAAAUCUAUCAAGUAAAAGUGUGGCGUCGCGGAAAAGAGUUUAAGAUUCCCAUCUUCAGGAUCAAGCCCAAGGACGAAGAGAUGGAUUAUGUUGAAGUGGAACCUCCCACUCCCAUGCCUUAUGAUGACUAUGAUAAACCACCGGUUGUCUUUCUUCGAGCUGGUCCUGAAGAUGGUGUCCCUUUUGUCUUUGAUCGGACUGGAGCUCUUCUUGAUGAUUAUAGGUCUGGCCUGGUUCCUGAUACGUUCUUCGUUGAUCAAGGCAAGAAGAUGACAAUUGAUUACGAAAUCUGCAGUGAUCCGUUUGAUUCCCGAUGUGUCCUAGCCACUUCAAUGUAUCCUCCUGGAGCUGAACCAAAGAAGGCGAAACGUUUCUUGGAGAAGAUCAGAGGGAAAGAGGUUGAUAUGAUUCAAAACUACACAAGAGAUGAAGAGUUUUAUCUUAUCAACGAUCAGAUCAAGAAGAGCCAGGGCUUUGACGUCGAUUUCUCAAUGUUCCGUGUCCUUUUCGAUUUCUACCCUUCGCUUCUCGAUGAGAGCAAUGCAACUAAAAAACCAGAAACUGAUAGAGAGUAUUUUGGUAGAUUAGCUAAUGAAGCCAUUGAGGAUUACAACAAAAGAGAGAGGACGAGUUUUGAGUUUGUUGAGGUUGAGAAAGUUAAUGUUCACUUAGGUAGCGGAUACAUCUACUUCAUCACAUUUGUAGUCAAGGAUCCUUGUGAUGAUGAUAACCAGACAAAGAUCUUUCAAGCUAAGGUCCACAAUGUUUUAUGUAGAGAGAUUGCGCACUGCUUCUGCAGGCCAAAACCCGAACAACAAGGUACAUUAUCUCAGAAUUAGUUGGAUUUCUCAACCUUUGUUGUUAUUUUUAAGUUUAGUAGAAAUCAUGAAAGUUUUGGUUUCAAUCUGUUUUAAAUUGUUCUUUUGUUUUAGGGAAGAUAUAUACAAGUGUUGUGUCUUUGUAAAGUUUAGGUCUUGUGUUAAGUAGAAAAUCAAGAAAAGCUUUCAAUAUGUUUUAGUUGUUUGCUUUUUCUCGAGAAAGUACUUAUGUGUGUGAGUAUACAAACAUGUGUUUGGCAGUAAAAUAUGAUGAAGAUU